GUUCUUCCAAACUAAAACAAGAAUGUACAAGUGAUACUUCAAAAGAAGCCAUCAAAGAUUGGCCAAAAGAACAGAGAUAUCUUUAUUGUGGAGAACAAUGUAUUUUACAGGGAGUUAAAGAAUUUAUAAACACAAUUUUGCUUGCUGAUGAAAUGUGUAUAGAAGCAUAUCUUAAAAUAAGAGCGGCUGCAGUUGGAAAAUCUUUAGAAAAAAGAAAUGAAUAUGUUUUAGGAGAAUCUCAAAAAUAUGAUUGUGGAAUGCCAAUAGGAUUUGAAUUUAAUAAUUAUCCACAAUUAUUGUAUUUAUCAAAAAUAUUAAAUACAAUACAAGAUUAUCAAACUCUUGUAAAAGGAGAUCUAGAGAUAUGUGAUUCUCUUGUGGAGAUGUACGUUUCGUAUCUUGAUGAUGAAAAACGUUCGUCAUUUAUUCCUUUUAAAUUACCAACUCGUAAGGAAUACAUGUUUAAGUAUCUUAGUUAUGUCACUUCUAUUCCUGAUAAUUUUUAUUGUCAAGUCGGUUGUUGGUAUAAGAGGUUUUCUGGGUCUGAUGAUGAUCCGGAGGAUCUUUGUUCAGCUUUAAUUCUCUUGUUAUUAAACUUAAGUAAGAAUAUGAAGAGUAUUAUAUUAGUCUCUUCACCAGAUAAAAUGUUGGUUCAAACUAUUUGUGGAAAAAACUCUUUAAAGAAUUUGUAUUUACAUUUCUGCCUGUCUAAUAUAACUGCUAGGUCAAUUUCAAAAAUGUGUAAAGUCAAAUCAUUAAGAGUUUUAGAGAUAAAUGGGUAUUAUUUAAGAUUUCGACCUAUAAAGGAUUACAUGAUAUCUUUACAGACGAAUACAAUUAUGAAAAGUUUAAGUUUUAUUUAUGAUUCUAUUGAUAAUGACAAUAGUAUUCAUUUGAUUGCUGAUGUGAUAUUUAAAAAUACCACUUUAUCUCAAUUAAAGAUCGGGGGUUCUGGUUUUUCUAUUAAGAGAUUUGUUUUGUUAAUAAAGUCUUUGAAAAGUAAUACUUCGUUGAACUCGUUAUCUCUUAAAAAUAACUAUUUAGGAUUAAAGGAAAUCAUGGUAUUGAAGGAUUAUCUGAUUGAAAAUAAUACUUUGUUGGUUUUGGAUUUAAGUUUUAAUGAAUUAGAUUUUGAAUGUGGGAAAUUAUUAUCGGAGGUCAUUACUAAAAAUCAUACUCUUUUACGUUUGAAUCUUGGCUUUAAUUGUCUUGGAUCUAAAGGAGGAAAAUUCAUAAUGGAUUCUUUACCAUUCAAUAAUAUGCUGCUAUUUUUGAAUUUAAAACUUAACAAAAUCGAAUUUAAUAUAUCAUCUCCUAAUUCUAAUCUUAAGAUUUUUCAAAAUGAAUUUAAUGAAAUUGAGAGAUUCAUUGAUAAUUCACAAUCGCCGAUCUGA